CAUCAUGCCACUUUAUUCUCCAGACUGGUGUAUAUUGCAAGCAAGAAGCCUACAAGAGGGAUAUUCCACAUUGUAGGAUAUGGUAGGAUCAGCAGAGUAAUCACAGGCCAGUCACGGGUCGGCAACCAUCACUUGGCAUUCCGUACAAAGUAUUUAUCAACUCAACAACGUAAAGUCGUUGCCUGUUUGAUAACUCAAAUCGAAAACAGACUAUUCCAGAAGGUCUCGGUCUUGACAGAUUCCGAGCAACAGCUUUGUAGCAGUGGCUGAGGUAAAAGGACAAGGAAGCUGAAGUGAAUUGUGGCUGAGCACAGAUUACGCAGGUGAAUGUGGGAGGGGCAAUCAGGACUGAACAACUUAACCUUACACCCGCCCGCACUUGCUUAUUCUGGCCCCAUCCUCACAUAAAUACCACCGACCCUUUCUCUUCCUUACCAUCUCAAUUACCAGAAACUUUCAAUUCUUCUGCGGCAGGAUACAACGCCAUGAGCGACUACGGCGCUCCUCCUCCAGGUCCUCCGCCCCCAAAGGUGCCGGAAGGCUGGAAGGCACAAUGGAACGAUCAAUACAAAGAAUGGUUCUACGUUAACGUCUACACUAAGAAAUCCCAAUGGGACCGACCUACUUCACCCAUCUACCCACCAAACAAUGACGAUGCCCCUCCAGGACCCCCACCAGGAUAUAUUGGAGGUGGAGCGGCGGCGUCGGAUACGAAACAUAACCCUUAUGACAAUUCACCCAAUACCGAAUCUGAUGCUGAACUUGCUCGCCGUCUGCAAGCCGAAGAAGAUGAGCGUGCGCGAGGUUUUGGUGGUGGCUCUUCCAGUGCUAUGAACGAUUAUGCCAAUACCCCAAUGCCCGGAGGCUCACAAUCACCAUACGGCCAAGAAUUGCCCCCUAGAGAACAAAAGAAGGGCUUCUUGGGCAAGCUCCUAGGUGGUAGCAAGAUGGGUGGUGGCUCUAGCCAGCAAUACAGACCUCCUCAACAAGGCUAUGGUGGAGGAGGAUACGGCACACCCCCACCUCAGCAGUACGGUGCCUAUCCUCAGCAGGGCUAUGGUCAACAAGGCUACCCACCACAGGGCUACCAGCAAGGAUAUGGUCCAGGUCCUGGAUACGGUGGAGGCGGCUACGGUGGUGGUGGUGGCUAUGGGGGCGGUUAUCAACAACAAGCUCCUCCCAAGAAAUCUGGAAUUGGUGCUGGAGGUGCCGCUGCAUUGGGACUGGGUGGUGGUUUGAUUGGUGGCAUGUUGCUUGAAGAUGCUAUUCAAGAUCAUGAUCAGAGCGAGUACCAACAAGGCUAUGACCAGGGACAAGACAAUGGAGGAGGUGAUGGUGGUGGAGAUUUCGGAGGUGGAGACGAUGGAGGCGGAGGAGACUUCUAAGCAUAGUCACCUCUUCUGCUCUACUGAGUGAGGGAGACGGCAUGAUAUCUGGACCGAAUGGUCAAGAUGG